AGCGAGGCGGCCAUCUUAAGACGUUGUUGAAAGACGUCGCGAUACAUUGGUUCUCCUCAUCUCCAAAGAAACCAAACAACCGCAUCGCACCUCCCAUCUCCGGCAUCCACGUCACACAUCAACCCUUCACUAAACAGAGACCCAACUGCAACCAUGAAUCCCGAAUACGAUUACCUCUUCAAGCUCCUCCUUAUCGGAGACUCCGGUGUUGGAAAGUCUUGCUUGCUUUUGCGAUUUGCAGAUGAUACAUACACGGAGAGCUACAUCUCAACUAUCGGGGUUGACUUCAAAAUCCGGACAAUCGAGUUGGAUGGGAAGACCGUGAAGCUACAGAUUUGGGAUACUGCUGGACAGGAACGCUUCCGGACGAUCACAUCAUCUUACUACAGAGGUGCUCACGGCAUCUGCGUCGUCUACGAUGUCACUGAUAUGGACUCCUUCAACAACGUUAAGCAAUGGCUACAAGAGAUUGACAGAUAUGCCACAGAAGGUGUCAACAAGUUGCUCGUAGGCAACAAGAGCGAUAUGUCGGACAAGAAGGUUGUGGAGUACACAGUUGCGAAGGAAUUCGCUGACAGCCUUGGCAUCCCAUUCCUCGAGACCUCAGCCAAGAACGCUAGCAACGUCGAACAAGCUUUCCUAACAAUGGCCCGCCAGAUCAAAGAGAGAAUGGGAACUACGACCGCGAACAACAAGCCAACGGUACAGGUUGGAGGAGGACAAGGCGUGCAAUCGGGAUCAGCGGGGGGCUGCUGUUAGACAAUUUUCGCUUACGCAGUGUUGCUUUGAAACGAACGGGAUGACUGGUUUUCUUUCCCUCUGCGCAUUAGAUCGAUUCGGAGCGACUUCCUCUGCAUUACUCCCUUCGCUCAUUGUCCCUCCGGAUUUGGGCACAUACAAUACACACCACGCAUUGGGGGUUAGAUAUGUAAUGGGUGGUGGAAGGCGAUGUCAAGCGGUCGACUUGGCUGGCGUGUGAGGGAAUUAUGGGGAAUAUGACGCUUUUCUUUGCCUGGGUCUUUCCGAGUGUCUCUGCUUUGCUGCGUGGUUCGUUUAUACUAGCAAAUCAUCAAAUCAUACUUGGGCGUUUCUGUCUGCCUUUUGUGACCGAAACAAAUAUGGCCUUCAAAAUUGCUCUGAACGUUUUUCAAUGAGGGGGAGAUUCUGGGAAGCUUUCGCUGCAAAUGUCUGGAUGUUCGAACAAGUUAUGAUACAAUGAGUGACA